ACACGUCAAAUCGUUAGGGAGGCUAGAAGUGCUCGAUUCUCAGCCGCGCAUUGACGUUUUAUUUUUUCGUCGACAUAUCUCUAGAUCUCUAUUAACUGCUUUCCCAUUUGUUGUUCUAAUGGUUCAUCCUUACUGAUCUAAAACAUCACGCAUUUAUUCAGCGUAUAACCUCACGUCAAUCAUGUUAUCACUCCUUUCCCUACCUCCAGAGCUCCGACACGACAUCUACCUUCGGCAUUUUCAAUCGAUCACUAUUACCAGACAGGACAAAAGCAAAGAUCAUCUCGCUCUUCUACGAGUCUGCCGUCUGAUAUACCACGAGGCGGAGCCACUCGCCAUCCCCAAUGUGCAGAUCCACUGCGAUCACAACGCCGACGUGAUAGAGGUUCUUAGCAGAAUGAGCCCGGCACAGAUCACCCGCCUUAGAGAGUUGACAGUCUGGCACUCGCCAGUAGGUCUGAGGCUGUUUGAAGACAAAGAGACCUUCCACAGGGAUGUUAUGUCCAGCACUCCCGAAUGGAUACGCGAAUGGGAAGAAAAUGAAGGACCCCUCGGCGAUGCGCAUGAACCGCUCGCAAUGUCUGACAAUAUAGACAUCAGCAACGCCAGCGACGUGUCCACCACCAAUAGCUCUAUCUCAGACCUGAGCGAGAUCACGGACGAACAUGCACCCUUCGGAGGAGUCCGGUACUUCCAUCUCGGUGCAGUUCUCGGACUAUUUCCAGGUCUACAGCUUGACUUUCUCUGUGUGCACAGUGGGGUUGGAUCAAGCCUCGCUGCUGGGUCCCAUACCACCGACUGCUUCUCGUCCCUCCUGGAGGCCGAUGGGUACCGAAAAUUGUGGAUGAUAUUGGCGGCUGGCAACGAGGAGCCAUCGAUGAACUUGCCGUCUGUCAGAGGGUGGAAGGACACUAUAGCCACUCGUAUUAAGCCCUAUUCUGGGGGGAAAGUCGAGUUCACGCUACCUUGGUAUGACUGGGCAGAUGAGCAGGGAGAAAAGGAAUCGGGAUAUUGGAAAGAUGCUUGCGCCGCGGGCAUUACUGUAAACAGCCGUAUGAAGCCUAUCUUCAAUGAGGAUGACUCUUGGAGCAAAGCUAGCGAUGAGGAUGACUAUUGGAGCGAAUCCAGCGAUAAAGACGACUUCGAAAUCUUUGUGGAUAGGGGAGAUGCGGACGUCACUGUCAAGCAGGGUCAUGAUCGUGUCGAAAAAUGCAUUGACCCAUUAUGCCGCGAAACCGGUAGAGGCCAAUUUUUCAAGCGCGCAUCGGACGCCCUCAAGAACCUGUUCCAGACAAAGAGUUGGAAAUCCAUCAAGGCCCAGGGGUAUUAUAAUGGCCAUGUUGUUAAGUCUGGUGUGGAAGCUCUGGACGACUUUGCGUAUAUAACCUGAAAGUUUUGGCAGGAGUCAACUCUAGGUGAAAGUGGGCCUGUUGCCAAGGCUGAACUGACAAAGCCUAAAUGGGAAAUAUUGCGUAAAGCUGAAAUAAUUUUGCCCUCAUUGAAUGGCGGGAAAAGUGUACUCACAAUAGUGGCAAUUUAAUAUCCGACAAUAUCCACUCCACCGUGAUACAGUACAGUCGAUAGCGAAAACAGCUUCUACCCUGGUGACCGCUUAUCUAUGCUGUGGCCCCACUGCCAA